GUUGCAUCACGGCUAUAGUCCGUGAAUUGAGCCGGGGGUGUGGAGCAGCCAAGAUGGAGCCGGCAGCCGGCGGACCCGGGCCACUGAUCAUGAACAACAAACAGCCCCAGCCGCCACCACCUCCGCCACCGGCAACCGCGCAGCCUCCACCCGGAGCCCCGCGGGCCGGCGGGGGCCUCCUGCCCGGGGGCAAAGCCCGGGAGUUCAACCGCAACCAGCGCAAAGACUCGGAGGGCUAUUCCGAGUCGCCAGACCUAGAGUUUGAAUAUGCUGACACAGACAAGUGGGCUGCAGAGCUCGCGGAGCUUUACAGCUACACAGAAGGGCCAGAAUUCCUGAUGAAUCGAAAAUGCUUUGAGGAGGACUUCCGGAUCCACGUAACAGAUAAGAAAUGGACCGAGCUGGAUACCAACCAGCACCGUACCCAUGCCAUGAGGCUCCUGGAUGGCCUGGAAGUCACUGCCAGGGAGAAAAGACUCAAGGUGGCUCGAGCAAUUCUCUACGUCGCCCAAGGCACCUUUGGAGAGUGCAGCUCGGAGGCAGACGUGCAGUCCUGGAUGCGCUACAACAUCUUUCUGCUCCUGGAGGUGGGCACGUUCAAUGCGUUGGUGGAGCUUCUGAACAUGGAGAUAGACAACAGUGCGGCGUGCAGCAGCGCGGUGAGGAAGCCGGCCAUCUCCCUGGCCGACAGCACAGACCUGAGGGUCCUGCUUAACAUCAUGUACCUGAUUGUGGAGACUGUUCACCAGGAGUGUGAGGGCGAUAAGGCUGAGUGGAGGACCAUGCGACAGACCUUCAGGGCUGAGCUGGGUUCCCCCCUGUACAACAACGAACCAUUUGCCAUCAUGCUGUUUGGGAUGGUGACCAAAUUUUGCAGCGGCCAUGCCCCUCACUUCCCCAUGAAGAAAGUUCUCUUGCUGCUCUGGAAGACAGUGUUGUGCACACUGGGCGGCUUUGAGGAGCUACAGAGCAUGAAGGCUGAGAAGCGCACCAUCCUGGGCCUCCCCCCGCUGCCUGAGGACAGCAUCAAGGUGAUCCGCAACAUGAGGGCUGCCUCUCCGCCGGCAUCUGCCUCGGACCUGAUUGAGCAGCAGCAGAAGCGGGGCCGUCGGGAGCACAAGGCGCUGAUAAAACAGGACAACUUGGAUGCCUUCAACGAGCGGGAUCCCUACAAAGCUGAUGACUCUCGAGAAGAGGAAGAGGAGAAUGAUGAUGACAAUAGUCUGGAGGGGGAGACAUUCCCCCUUGAGCGGGAUGAAGUGAUGCCUCCCCCAUUACAGCACCCUCAGACUGACAGGCUCACCUGCCCCAAAGGGCUUCCGUGGGCUCCCAAGGUCAGAGAGAAAGACAUUGAGAUGUUCCUGGAGUCCAGCCGCAGCAAGUUUAUAGGUUACACUCUAGGCAGUGACACGAACACAGUGGUGGGGCUGCCCAGGCCAAUCCACGAAAGCAUCAAGACUCUGAAACAGCACAAGUACACGUCGAUUGCAGAGGUCCAGGCACAGAUGGAGGAGGAGUACCUUCGCUCUCCUCUCUCGGGGGGAGAAGAGGAAGUCGAGCAAGUACCUGCAGAAACCCUCUAUCAAGGCUUGCUUCCCAGCCUACCUCAGUACAUGAUCGCACUGCUGAAGAUCCUGCUGGCCGCAGCCCCCACCUCAAAGGCCAAAACGGACUCGAUCAACAUCCUAGCAGAUGUCCUGCCUGAGGAGAUGCCCACCACGGUGUUGCAGAGCAUGAAGCUGGGGGUGGAUGUGAACCGCCACAAAGAGGUCAUUGUUAAGGCCAUCUCUGCUGUCCUGCUGUUGCUGCUCAAGCAUUUUAAGUUGAACCACGUCUACCAGUUUGAAUACAUGGCCCAGCACCUGGUGUUUGCCAACUGCAUCCCUUUGAUCCUAAAGUUCUUCAAUCAAAACAUCAUGUCUUACAUCACUGCCAAGAACAGCAUUUCUGUCCUGGAUUACCCCCACUGCGUGGUGCACGAGCUGCCGGAGCUGACCGCUGAGAGUCUGGAGGCAGGUGACAAUAACCAGUUUUGCUGGAGGAACCUCUUUUCCUGUAUCAAUCUGCUUCGGAUCUUGAACAAGCUGACAAAAUGGAAGCAUUCGAGGACCAUGAUGCUGGUGGUGUUCAAGUCGGCCCCCAUCCUGAAGCGGGCCCUGAAGGUGAAGCAGGCCAUGAUGCAGCUGUACGUGCUGAAGCUGCUCAAGGUGCAGACCAAGUACCUGGGACGGCAGUGGCGGAAGAGCAACAUGAAGACCAUGUCUGCCAUCUACCAGAAGGUGCGGCAUCGGCUGAACGACGACUGGGCAUACGGCAAUGAUCUUGAUGCCCGGCCUUGGGACUUCCAGGCAGAGGAAUGUGCCCUCCGUGCCAAUAUCGAACGCUUCAACGCCCGGCGGUAUGACCGGGCCCACAGCAACCCAGACUUCCUGCCUGUGGACAACUGCCUGCAAAGUGUCCUGGGCCAGCGGGUGGACCUCCCUGAGGACUUCCAGAUGAACUAUGACCUCUGGUUAGAAAGGGAGGUCUUCUCCAAGCCCAUUUCUUGGGAGGAGCUGCUGCAGUGAGGCUUCUGGGCAGGGGACUAACAAGGAAAGAAGAGCUGACCUGGAGGUGCCCCAGGGGCUGUCCUGGUCCGUGGCUGUAGUGCUCCCACCUCCCUCCAGGUGGCAGCACAGCCCCACCGUGCCCUCCCUAGGCCGAGCUGGGCUGCCGGAGGGGAGGCCAGAUUUGGCCCCUCGUUGAUUCCCAGCGUCCUGCUCCGAGUGCAGUCUGCUCUCUGCUUGGGGUCCUCUCUUCCUUCACUCCUCCCCACCCUCUUCUCUUGGACGUGGUUGGUUGCAGCUCAUUUCUCAUUCAGGCCAAGGCUGGGAAAAGCUGGGGUGGGCUGGGAAGCUCUUGCAUCUGAAUUGCAGGGGUCGUGCUGACUCUUCCCGAGACACACAAAUCCUUGGCAUGUCAGCCUGCCAAGGAGGAGGGUCAGGGCCAGAAAGUCGGAAUCUUUGGUUUUGCUUUGAAGGUUUCUGAUGUCAUUCCAGCCUGCUGCUAAGUUUCAUCCAGAAGCAAUUGCAGAGGCUCCUACAGCUGCCUCAGUGCUUUCAUUUUGGGCAGGGUUAGGGGGUAGGAAGAGAAGCUUCCCUUAACCAGAGGUGCCAUUUUUCCUCUUGGUUUGCGAGGGUCUGUAAAUACCUAUAUAUAAAUCUCUGUGUAUUCUCUUGUGUCAUGUGGGGGUUUUUAACGUGUUUGUGUAUUCUGUUUACAUUAAAAGGAAGCAAAACCAA